AUGGGAAGCAGCAAAAACAAAGACAGUGUUCAUGGGAAAAAGAGGAAAGUCGACGAGGGUGUGGUGGUAAAUGAAGACGCCACCGAAGCUGAAGUGUCGGAAUCGCCCCCUUUGGUAAAAAAAAGAAAAAAGUCUGUUGCGUUUGCGGUGGCGGCGGCGCCUAUUGUCGAUGCUGGUAGCAGCCCCGUCCACCAACCAGCGAGCCCCAAACGGAGACCGGAAUUCACCAUCUUGAAGGGGCCGAAGGAACCAGCCGAAACUGCCGGCGAAGCUGAUGAGGAGAACCAGGGCAGCGCCGGAGAGCAGAGCGAGAAGCCGAAGAAGACGAAGAAGAGCAAAAACGCCCUCAAACGCAUCAAGUGGGCCAAACGACGCGCCAAACGGACCACGUCGCGGCGGCGACGCAAGGCGAAUCGCGAGCUCGCCAAGUCGCGGCCCCAGCGCGACGCCGAAGAGCACGUCGCCGAGGCCAUUGACUACCUCAACCGCUGGCACUCCAGUCCCGAGACGUGGAAGUACAAGAAGGUGGCCCAACUCACGCUCAUCAAACACGCCUUCAAUCGCUCCCUGAUCGACGACGAGAAUUUUGAGCUCCUGUCGCUCUACCUAGCUGGUAUGCAGGGUGGCGCCGCGGCCCGACUGCAGUCCUUGUGUCAGCACUUGGUUGACAACGCUGGAGUGCCACCCGAGUCGCCAACCCUUCCCCUUGCCAUUCCGGAGACGAGUUUAGGCUCCUCGACUGUCAUCAAACGUGCGAAGAGAAUGCUUGACUGCUUGCAGACAUCUUCACCUAAUUGA